GUGUAAGAUGGCAGCAAACCCAAGCACUAACACACCUCUUUUUGACUGCCCGUCAUGGUAAGACCUGCGACGAUGUCUAAUGCAUAAUUUUGACUGUCAAAAAUCAAAAGCAUGCAGUAGAGUGUUGUAAGGUCCAUGUCGGUGAAGGAAAUUAGAUUGUCUCAUCGAAAUAGGAUGUAGUUUGCGUGCUAGAAACAUGAGCUAACUAGCUAUCUGGGUAACUUAGCUAUGAUAUUGGAGUGCUCAGUCAGUCGUAUGCUAGCUGUUUGAUGAACAUUCUACUAACGAGCUUGUCAGUGAAAUCCAGCAGCAAGGUUUGAUAAAGCUGUAUGGCGUUCCACAAUGCUUACUGUUAUGCAGCAUUUGCCAGCAUAUUCCUUUCCCAAGACAAGACUGACAGUAUUGCUUGUGCAGUUUACACAAGCAAAACAUUUGAAGAAAUGGCAUUGCAAAUCCGUAGUUUUGUUCAACUAGUUUUUCAGCAAGGCAGUGAAACCGCAGUCAUUUGAAUAAAAGCAUAAUUACGACAUGCAAUUGACAUUAACUUUAUGUGUGUGUUUUGUCAGGGCAGGGAAACCUCCCCCUGGACUUCAUCUAGAUGUGGUGAAGGGAGACAAGCUAGUAGAGGUAAGUAUACUAGCCUAGUCUUAACCCUGACCCCAACUUCAACCUUUUUGACAAUAACAGCUUCUGGUGCUGGACAAAAAUAACCACAGAAGCAAGAGCAAUGCCUGUGUGCAGAAUACGUGGCUUGUAUCAACUAGCCUACUGUUCAUUUAAAUAUGAUAACACUUGAAGUCCGUUAUAAGGUGUAGAGCCUAUAUUAUAUAGUUGCUGCACAUGCCACUGUGUUGGAAUGGAAGAACGUCUCUGUACCUAGUGACCCCCUUGGAUUCCAAGGCUGUUAAAUACCUACACGUAAUUUAACCCUAAAUUGAUCUUGAGCAAGGCACUUAACCCUAAUUUGCUGACCCUGUAAAACAACACAUUUCACAGCACCUAUCCGGUGUAUGUGACAACUUUUUAUAUAGAGAACCAUAGCAAUACCAGUCCAUGACCUAUGAUAGGCAAAUCUCUUGACAUUUCAUCCUGGCUUUUUUUUUCAUUUGGUAGAAGCUAAUCAUUGAUGAAAAGAAAUACUACCUGUUUGGGCGGAACCCAGACUUGUGUGACUUCACGAUAGACCACCAGUCGUGUUCUCGUAUCCACUCAGCCCUGGUCUACCACAGACACCUCAAGAGGGUUUUCCUGCUCGACCUCAACAGCAGUGAGUAUCUAGUACUGCUUAGUAUCCUGCAGUGUUCCUUGGUUGUCUGACAGUCAGUUGUCAAGUGUUAGUUUCAGUGUAAAUGUUCCUUCAAGAAAGAGAACCAUAGCUUGCUGGCCCCAGGUACAAAAAGGUUUGGGUCAUGCCACGUCAUUGUAGAUGCCAAAUACAAGAUAUGUAAACUUCAACUUCAAGUAUGAAGUUACAUUUCGAAAGGACAAUCCAUGUUACUCUGUCCCCCUAGCUCAUGGUACGUUCCUGGGUCGUAUCCGCCUGGAGCCCCACAAGCCCCAGCAGGUGCCCAUCGACUCCACCAUGUCGUUCGGGGCGUCCACACGGGUCUACACCCUGAGAGAGAAGCCGCAGACCCAGACCAGCACCAUACCUGGGGCGGAGGUGAAGGCCGGGGAGGACGAGGAGCUCAAAGGACUGCUCGGUCUACCUGAGGAGGAGACUGAGCUGGAGGUGUGUGUGUGUGUGGGGCAGGGGAGUGCUUGACUUCUGGUGAGAUAUAUUUAUGUUUUGUUCAAGCAGCUUAUGUAGAAUUUCUUUGUUUCUCAAUCUGUUUGAUGAACCUGACCGCAUCCAUUCUCUUGUUUCACCUGUUCCAGAACCUGACAGAGUUCAACACGGCCCACAACAAGCGUAUCUCCACCCUGACCAUCGAGGAUGGCAACCUGGACAUCGUGAGGCCCAAGAGGAAGAGGAGGAGUAGCAGGGUCUCCUUCAGCGAGGAGGAGGAGGUCAUCAACCCAGGUGUGUUAGUUAGGGUUGAUGAUGACACACGUGCACAUACACACACGCUUGCACACAGACAUGCAAGAAAACACACCCAUGCACGAAUGCAGAUGCGCGUGCACACACAUACACACACACACACACUUACAAAAUGUAAUCCUGUAUGUUUUCUUUUUGUUACAGAGGACGUCGACCCGUCAGUAGGGCGCUUCAGGAACAUGGUACAGACUGCUGUUGUCCCGAUCAAGGUAAACCUUUUCAAGUCCAUCGCUUACUUUAUGCUGGGGAUGAUUCUUGAGAAAAAUUGCAAAAGUUGUUGUGUGUUGACCAAGGUUAUUAUAGGAAACUGAAAGUAUAAUGAAAACAAAUCAUAAAAAACUAUUUAGUAAACUGAAAUAAAAUAAUUUACAAAACCGUUUGAAAAAAAUGAAAACUAUACUGAAAAUAUUAACUUUGACUCCAAAACAAACUAAAAUAAAAACCAUUUAUGAAUUGUGUUUAGUUUUGAGUUUUUUUCUUAACUUUGGGCAAAAAUCUAAUGGGGUUUUCAUGCUUUUUUGGGUGUUUUCAAGCUACUGAAGCUGGUGUGUAAAUGCGGCUAGUUUUUUUAUUUAUUUCUGCCUCUAACUUAUUCACGAUUCAUUCAUGAUUAUCCGUAAUCAUGGUAGCAUCCACAUUAAUGUAGAGGUGUUCAGAAACAUUAAAUUCUUAUUUACAAUAAAAGUGACUCCAAAAUUACACAAGACAUUAUUUACCAUUCAUUUCUAUUGGGCACAACUUAAUCUGAAACACAACCGCCAGAAAUAAUAUUUUGACAACUUUAAUACACAUAAGUGAAUUUGUACAAUUACUUAUGACACCUUCAAAAGUUUUGAGAAUGACACAAGUAUUGGUCUUCACAAAGUUUGCUGCUUCAGUGUUUUUAGAUAUUUUUGUCAGAUGUUACUAUGGUAUACUGAAGUAUAAUUACAAGCAUUCAUAAGUGUCAAAGGCUUUUAUUGACAAUUACAUUAAGUUUAUGCAAAUAGUCAAUAUUUGCAGUGUUGACCCUUCUUUUUCAAGAACUCUACAAUCCACCCUGGCAUGCUGUCAAUUAACUUCUGGGCCACAUCCUGACUGAUGGCAGCCCAUUCUUGCAUAAUCAAUGCUUGGAGUUAGUCAGAAUUUGUGGGUUUUUGUUUGUCCACCCGCCUCUUGAGGAUUGGCCACAAAUUCUCAAUGGGAUUAAGGUCUGGGGAGUUUCCUGGCCAUGGACCCAAAAUGUCGAUGUUUUGUUCCCCGAUCCACUUAGUUAUCACUUUUGCCUUAUGGCAAGGUGCUCCAUCAUGCUGGAAAAGGCAUUGUUCGUCAUCAAACUGUUCUUGGAUGGUUCGGAGAAGUUGCUCUCGGAGGAUGUGUUGGUACCAUUCUUUAUUCAUGGCUGUGUUCUUAGGCAAAAUUGUGAGUGAGCAACCCCACACAUGAAUGGUCUCAGGAUGCUUCACUGUUGGCACAACACAGGACUAAUGGUAGUGCUCACCUUGUCUUCUCUGGACAAGUUUUUUUCCGAAUGCCCCAAACAAUCGGAAAGGGGAUUCAUCAGAGAAAAUGACUUUACCCCAGUCCUCAGCAGUCCAAUCCCUGUACCUUUUGCAGAAUAUCAGUCUGUCCCUGAUGUUUUUCCUGGAGAGAAGUAGCUUCCUCGCUGCCCUUCUUGACACCAGGCCAUCCUCCAAAAGUAUUCACCUCACUGUGCGUGCAGAUGCACUCACACCUGCCUGCUGCCAUUCCUGAGCAAGCUCUGCACUGGUGGUGCCCCGAUCCCGCAGCUGAAUCAACUUUAGGAGACGGUCCUGGCGCUUGCUGGACUUUCUUGGGCGCCCUGAAGCCUUCUUCACAACAAUUGAACCUCUCUCCUUGAAGUUCUUGAUGAUCCGAUAAAUGGUUGAUUUAGGUGCAAUCUUACUAGCAGCAAUAUCCUUGCCUGUGAAGCACUUUUUGUGCAAAGCAAUGAUGACGGCAAGUGUUUCCUUGCAAGUAACCAUGGUUAACAGAGGAAGAACAAUGAUUUCAAGCACCACCCUCCUUUUAAAGCUUCCAGUCUGUUAUUCUAACUCAAUCAGCAUGACAGAGUGAUCUCCAGCCUUGUCCUCGUCAACACUCUCACCUGUGUUAACGAGAGAAUCACUGACAUGAUUUCAGCUGGUCUUUUUGUGGCAGGGCUGAAAUGCAGUGGACAUUUUUUGGGGGGAUUAAGUUCAUUUUCAUUGCAAAGAGGGACUUUGCAAUUAACAGCAAUUCAUCUGAUCACUCUUCAUAACAUUCUGGAGUAUAUGCAAAUUGCCAUCAUAACUGAGGCAGCAGACUUUGUGAUAAUAUUUGUGUCAUUCUCAACUUUUGACGACUGUACUGUCGCCUCAUAUGAAAUAUUUGAUCUUAAAUCUAAUGCUGGAGUAUAGAGCCAAAUUAAACGUUUUUGCUUCAUAGGGGAGUGUAUCACUAGCUAGGUAGCUGAAUUAUUUUGACCAUAUUUUUUGCACCAGUCUCGGCGCUAUUUCUUUUAAAUCCAAGUUACAUUGAGAUUGAUUUAAUAAUUUAAACCUAACCUUAACUAUAAUAAUAAUAUGCCAUUUAGCAGACGCUUUUAUCCAAAGCUACUUACAGUCAUGCGUGCAUACAUUUUUGUGUAUGGGUGGUCCCAGGGAUCGAACCCACUACCUUGGCGUUACAAGUGCCGUGCUCUACCAGCUGAGCUACAGAGGACCACCUUACUUAUUACUGUCCCCCCAGUUGAAAGAAGUGACAUCCCCAAAAACUCCCCAAAAAACUAUACAACACAAAUGUCUCCAAGCCUCCUUCUGUUCCUAACACUAAAACGGAAUCAAAAUAAUAUAAAAAUGAAAUAUUUGUGUACAACUAAAACUAACCCUGAAAACUAACUGAAACUAAACUAAUAGAAAUAAAAACUAAAUAAAAACACAACUGUAAUUACCUUGGUGUUGACCAAUCUCCAAUCAAUCAAUGCUAAAAGUUGUUGUUGUGUUGACAAAUUGAGCUCUAUCAUGUCAAUCAAUCACAUUUUAUUUAUAAAUCCCUUUUUAAGACAUUUGUCACAGAGUACUUCAGUGCUUUACAGUUGACGCUACUAUAUUGCCAUCUUCAAUCUUCUCAUUCCCCCUAAACUCUGCUACCCAAUCAGAAGAGGAAGAUGGAGGGUCACGCUACACUAGGUCUGGAGGACUCUGUGGCCAGACGCAUGCAGAACUUCCCUUUCAGUGGAGGGCUCUAUGGAGACCUCCCACCCACCAGUGGAGAGGCCGGCUCCCUCCCCGCAACGGCCCAGGGUGGAGCUACUAUCCUGGGGGGCCUGCCGUUAGUCUUCCCUAAUCCUGCUCCGGAGGUGGACCUCUCCCCCACCUCAGCCUCAGCACAGCCCUCCAUCACCCCCAACCCUGCUGUUAACCUCGCCCCUGGACCCUACAUGGCCGAGGCUCUCAACGAACCACGCAAAAAGAAAUACGCCAAGGAGGCGUGGCCAGGGAAGAAGCCCACCCCUUCUCUUCUAAUAUAAGUCAUAUUCAAAAUGGCACCCUAUUUUCCUUAGUGCACUACUGGCCAAAGGUAAUGCACUAUAU